UGUUUUUCCUCUCUCUCUCUCUCUCUCUCUCUCUCUCUCUCUCUCUCUCUCUAAAUCCUAACUUUUAUAUAUAUCUCGUCAACUAAUUAGUUAUCCCCAAGAUUUGUUCUUUGAUUACAUCCCAACAACAACAAAAAACAAAAAAAAAAAAAAAAGAAAUAGAAUUCAACAUGGUGGAAAUGAUGAUGUCGGAAUCGGUCAAGCCCUACUUCGCCAUGGUGUGUCUUCAGUUCGGGUACGCGGGCAUGAACCUCAUCACGAAGGUCGUGCUCGACCGUGGCAUGAGCCAUUACGUCCUCGUCGUCUACCGUAACGCCUUCGCCACCGCCGCUUUAGCUCCCUUCGCCAUUCUCUCCGAAAGGAAGGUGAGACCGAAGUUGACGUUUCCGAUCUUCAUGCAAAUUUUCGCCCUUAGUCUUCUCGGGCCAGUGAUUGAUCAGAACUUGUACUACGCCGGUCUAAAACUCACGUCGCCUACGUUCUCCUCCGCCGUGAACAAUAUCUUACCGGCGGUGACCUUCAUCCUCGCCAUUUUGUUCAGGAUGGAGAAGGUGGAGAUGAAGAAAGUAAGAUGCAAAGCAAAAGUGGUGGGGACGGUGGUAACAGUGGUUGGAGGCGUGGUGAUGGUAUUGUACAAAGGCCCUUUAAUCAUCUUUUUUACCUCUCAUCCACCGCCGGCGCUGGCCACCGUCACCGCCUCCGCCGGCGACUGGCUCAGGGCCUCCGUCUUCCUCGUCCUCGCCUCUCUCUCUUGGGCGUGCUUCUUCAUUCUUCAGACUGCGACGUUGAAGAGGUACUCAGCUCACAUGUCACUGUCGGCUAUGGUGUGUUUCUUGGGAACUUUAAAUUCCGCGGCCGUGACUUUUCUAAUGGAACGCAAUCAGUCGGCGUGGAACAUCGGAUUCGACAUGAGCUUUCUCGCCUCUGCAUACGCCGGUAUUGUGUCAUCGGGCAUAGCGUACUACGUUCAAGGGAUGAUGACGCAGCGGAAGGGACCUGUUUUUGUCACUGCAUUUAACCCUCUUGUGGUCAUCAUCGUCUCCGUCUUGGGCUCCUUCAUCCUCGGCUACAGAACCUACCUUGGCGGGGCUCUUGGAAUGGUGCUGUUAAUGGCGGGACUCUCCACCGUGCUAUGGGGCAAGCACAAAGAAAACAGCGAAACCCAGCAAGAGAUUCUUGAAAACGUGAAGUCCGACAUUCAAAAUACUGGGGUCUCGAAAAUGCCAAGAAUCGAAGAAGGAGAAGACGAUGAAGAUGACGUGGAAAAGCAGUCGGUGAUGGCGGUUGCGGCGGAGAAGUCACCGGCGACGGGGUUUUGCGAUCACGUGGUGGGGACGUGGAUGGCAGCCAAGGACGCAUCACGAGCAUAGACGGUUUUCUGAGACAAGACCGGAGAGAUCGAAGAUGAUAAAUAUGGAGGACUUCGAGAAACAGUACUCCGGUCUUUUUUUUUUCUUCCUUUUAAUGCUUAAAGAAUUUUUGUUCCCUUUUGAUUUCGUAUUGUAAGAUUGGUAAAUUGGCUUAUUUAGUAUAGAGGAGAAACUUCGAUUUUGACUGA